UCGCUAUCUUCCGUGCUGGUGCCAAUUUUCCUCCCUCACACGUGCCAACAAGUUUCACUUUCCAUCGCGUUCCGUCUCUGUCUGCGCACGUGGUUCGUGGCUUGCUGUUAUGUGAUCUGGAAAAGCUAGCUUUCAGCGUUUCAGGUUCUCUUUCUAAGCUUGGCCACCACCUCCACCACCUGUGUUUUUUUCCCUUUCUCUCGCUCUCUUUCGGAAGAACUCCAGACCCGAAUGCGAGCACGUGGAACGAAGUUGAAAGAAUCUCCGAGCUUUCCAGCGCUGAUAACCCUUUUUCGUAGGCCCCCACAGAAAGCUCCUCCUGAGGCAAGCUUUUGUUUGUGCUUCAUAUAAUAGCUUUGCUGGCCCAGCGUACAACGACCAGUCAUCAACUCGUGCUCCAAGCAGACGAUUGUGUCUUCCUCCUCACCACAGGUGUGUAGAAGAAGAACCGAGAAUAACGGUGGUUUUGCGCAGUGCUAACCGUGACUUGAGGCGAUUCGGUUGGAAAAGUUAGCUUUUAGCUCAGAAAAUGAUGAACAAGUUGGUGAUUUACGGCGUGUUGAUGGCGGUGAUGCUGUUGGAGGCUAGAACCGAAGAAAGCCUCUUCGAGCAAGACUUGGGCGAUCAGUUCAAGAUUGACGCCUCAACACGUGGCCUGCAGAAGGUAAACCUUCGCUGCGGAGCUGAUUCCAUGCGAGUCGAGUUGAAAACGGAGGAGGACUUUGACGGCGUCAUGUACACGCGGGGUAGUUUCUACAAGCAAAGUGAACCCUGCUUCGUUAAGCCAAAGCGAGCCGGCAAAACGCUGGAGAUGAAAUUCAACCUGGACCAGUGCCAAACCAUCAACAACGGUGAGAUUUACUCAAACAUCGUGGUCGUUCAGCACGAUCCGGAUCUGGUCACGCCUGGAGACGCUGCCUUCGCCGUGGAAUGUGACUUCCGGAAGCCACGUGGCGUUACCGUUAAUGCUGAGAUUCAAGCUCGGGACAGCCACGUCACACCAACAUCACGAAUCACACUGACGAGUCCCGAUCCGUCAACACCCACGCAAGAUCACGAUGAGCACAAUUCGGUGUUCAGUGAGGGCGACACCGUCACGUUCAUCCCGAGCCAGUUCACGAACAAAACCGCCCAAGAGAAGCGUGUGAAGGGCUCGGUCGAGACGGUGGAAAUUUCCUCCAACAGAAUCGAACUCUAAUUGAGGGGCACUCGCCAGAGAACAAGCACACUUAUUUAUUAUUUAUUACAAGCGGCUCACUUAUGUACGUUAGGGUUAUUAAAUAUUAACAUUCUUUCUUUCUCUUGUGAUUUCAGCCCAGUUUUGCAAAAAGUUAAUGCCACCCCCUCCCAUCCUGGCAAAUAACUCCUACUUACACACACACGCGCAUGCAACAAUUCCCUAGAUUGCCAACUAGAACGACUGAGUUUUAACGGUUUCGGAUAAUUAGCCAAAUUGUUAGACCGACCAACUACCUAGCAUUACACCAUCGAUUAACGUUACUAACCAACCCCACCCUCCCUUGCAAGCAAGUUACCCGAUGCUCGACGAGACGCUCGACUGACUGAAGAAGGUAGCCGAUAUUUAGUGUUUAGUAUUCUGCAGAAUGUUUUACUUAUUUUCACUGUUAUAAGUGAGCAAAAUAUAUAUGAACAGUAAGAGUGAGUGAACGAAUGAAAGAUUGGGAGAGUACAUGAGUGAGAGGCCAUUGUUUGUUGAAAUAAAAAUCAUUGAUUAAAUAUUAA